AUGUCGCUCGCAUCCGGUGUCCAGAUCCAGGAUGACUGCAUCACUGCCUUCCAAGACUUCAGCCGCAGCCACGGAAAGACCAAGUACAUCAUCUACAAGAUCGCCGACGACAAGAAGUCGGUUGUCGUAGACUCGGUUGGCAAGGACCAGGACUACGAGGUCUUCCGCAACGAGCUCGCCGAUGCCAAGGACAGCCAGGGCCGUGCCUCUCCCCGUUACGCCGUCUACGAUGUCGAGUACGAGAUUGCCGGCGAGGGCAAGCGCUCCAAGAUUAUCUUCAUCUCCUGGUGGUCCAUGAUCUACGCCAGUACCCGCGAGGUUCUCAAGAACGCCCUCAACGUCGUCACUUCCAUCCACGCCGAUGACAAGUCCGACAUCGAGUGGAAGACAGUCCUGAAGGAGGCCAGCGGUGGCAAGGCAUAG